AUAAGUUUGGCCUUGAGACAGAGCUGACGUUUUGCAACACUGGAAAUCAACAUGCAUUCCUUCACAUAUAUCACCGGUAAAUGACAUAUAUUUGCUAUCAAUUGGAUAUAUGAACGUAGAUAAAACAUGGACGAAAGCAAGCAACACGUGAAGCCAUGCCCAAUGACAUCUGUCAAUCCGCUAUCAAGGCUUUUUUUCUGGUGGCUGAACCCACUUUUCAAUGUUGGCUACAAGCGCCCUCUGGAGGAAACUGACAUGUUCAAUGUCUUACCCGAAGAUGAUUCUGAAAAUCUCUGCCACAGACUGGAAGUGGAGUGGAAUAAAGAACUAGAAAAAGUGAAGAAAAAUGAGAAAGAAUCGGCCAGUCUCUCCUGGGCCUUGAUUAGAACAUUUGGAAAGCAAUAUGGACUACUUGGACUGAUAGCUUUUAUAGAGGAAUUAACUAAGGUCUGUCAGCCGCUUUUACUGGGUGGUCUUAUACGCUACUUUGACCCUAAAGCAAACGUGACACAGACGGAAGCCUAUCUAUACGCUAUGGGGGUCAGUCUAUGUGCCAUAAACCUGGCUGUUGUCCAUCACCCAUAUUUCUUUGGGGUUCAGCGAAUAGGAAUGCAGAUUAGAAUAGCAUGUUGUUCAUUGAUGUAUAAAAAGACAUUGAGACUUUCAAAUCAAGCCAUGGGCCAAACUACAACUGGGAAAAUUGUUAACCUCAUGUCAAAUGAUGUGAGGCGCUUUGACCUGUCUGUUCUCUUUUUCCAUUUCUUAUGGAUUGCACCCGCAAUGGCGGUUGUGGGGUUAAUUAUUAUCUGGCAUUUGAUUGGUCCAUCUGUGCUGGCGGGAUAUCUAGUACUGCUCUUGCUUAUACCUGUACAAGGAUAUAUGGGGAAAUUAUUCGCAAAACUCAGACGAAAAACUGCUGUCGAGACGGACGAAAGAGUCAAGGUCAUGAAUGAGAUCAUCACAGGAAUGAGGGUCAUCAAAAUGUACUGCUGGGAAAAACCAUUUGGUGCACUUAUUGCAAAAAUAAGAAGCAAAGAAAUGAAACGUAUACGGUUCGGUUAUCAUGUAACGGGCUGUAUUUUAGGUCCAUUUUGGGCAUCAGGUCAAGUCAUAAGCUUCUUCACAUUUAUGACGUAUGUGUUGCUAGGCAACCACUUGACCUCCGAAAAAAUUUGGGUCACAAUUGCCCUGUUAAACCCCCUUAGGCUAGUGGCCUUGUUAUAUGUCCCAUAUGCUGUACUGCUGUACGCCGAGACCAACAUCACCAUAAAGAGGCUGGAGACAUUUUUGAGUCAAGAAGAAAUAUCUGAAAACUCAGCAAUUCAGCAUGAAAAACAACGACCUCUUCCAGCAGAUUGUGGGAUCGUGGCAAAAGAUGUCACUGCACAGUGGGAUAAGGAGUUGGAAGCUCCAACUUUAAGUGAAAUAGACUUUGAAUCAAAGCCUGGAAAGUUAUUAGCAGUGAUAGGACCAGUUGGCUGUGGAAAGUCAUCGCUUCUGAUGUCCAUAUUAGGUGAAAUUCCAGUGCAGAAAGGAACAAUAGAUGUCAAAGGUCAGAUAGCGUACUCCGCUCAACAACCAUGGGUUUUUAGCGCUAGUUUGCGACAAAAUAUAAUAUUCGGGAGGAAGUUUGAGGCUACACGAUAUAACAAGAUUCUCAAAAUGACAGCUUUAUCAAAGGACAUAUCUAUGUUGAGUGAGGGUGACCUGACUCUUGUAGGGGAGAGGGGGGUCAGUCUCAGUGGGGGUCAGAGGGCAAGGGUCAGUCUCGCUAGGGCACUAUAUUACGAAGCGGAUGUAUAUCUACUUGAUGAUCCACUCUCUGCUGUGGAUGCCGCAGUAGGAAAACAUUUAUUUGAAAAAUGUAUACAGGGUUUACUGAAAGACAAAGCAAGAAUACUUGUCACUCAUCAGCUCCAGUAUCUCAAACAUGCAGAUGAAAUACUCAUACUGAAAGAUGGUAAAAUAGCAAAUAGGGGUACAUUCUCAGACCUGGCUGCAGCUGGGAUAGAUUUUGCAUCCUUACUAAAAAGAACUGAAGAUGAAAAGAUGGCUGAAAAGAAGCAAACAAACCCUGAACUUUUAGAUGAUAUUUUUAAAGAGAACCUAACUGCAAAAACACAAUCAAUGUUUAAUUUGAGUCACUCAAAAUUUGGUGAAAAAACAGAAGAAUCUAUUAGUUUAUUGAAGAAAGACGCUCAGCAAUUGGACAGUUUGAGCUUAAGUGGUCUUCGAGAGCGAAUCAAAUCUGAUUCAAGUUUAGGACCACAAAGUAAUCACAUUCUUGAGAAUGCUCAAUCUAAUCCAUUACUGAUGUCAACAGAAACAUUAAAUUUUGAGACUGAUCAUGUGUGUCGCAACGAAGAGGAAAAGAGAUCUGAGGGAGGGGUUACUGUUGGGAUUUACAAGCAAUAUUUCAAGGCAGGGGGAGGAGUGCCAGCUAUCAUUUUUCUCCUCUUUUUAUGCAUCCUCACUCAAGUUGGAUAUGUGAUGUGUGACUUCUGGCUGUCAUACUGGUCCAAUAAAGAAGUAGAGUACAACAUGAAACGUUCCAUUCAAGAUGAGAAUCUCACCUCAAUAUAUACCACAAACACUACUCACAACUCCACAGAUUCCGACAUUUAUACACAACCCUGGCUGAAUAUAAGUGGGGGAACAGAAAAUGAAAUCACUCCUGUUGACAGGAACUACUAUUUGUAUAUCUGGUCUGGGAUCACAAUUGGAGUCCUUGUUUUCUCAAUGGCCAGAGCUCUAUAUUUUUUCCACAUGUUAGUGAAUGCAGCGGAGACUCUUCAUAAGAUGAUGUUUAAAUCCAUUGUCAGGGCUCCAGUAUAUUUCUUUGAUACAAAUCCAGUGGGUCGCAUACUUAACAGAUUCUCGAAGGAUGUUGGCCAAAUGGAUGAAAUGUUGCCCCGUGCCUUCUUUGAUUUUGUACAGUGCUUUUUCCUGAUCAUUGGCAUCAUUGUUGUGACGGGCAUCAUCAAUCCGUGGGUGUUUAUCCCGACUCUACCUCUGUGUGUUUUAUUUUUUGUAAUACGUCAUUACUAUCUGUCAACAUCGAGGGAUGUGAAACGUCUUGAAGGCACAACCCGCAGUCCAGUAUUUUCCCAUCUUAGCGCAUCAAUACAAGGCUUACAUUCAAUCCGAGCAUUUAAGGCAGAAGAAACAUUUACACAUGAGUUUGAUAAACACCACAAUCUCCAUACUGAGGCUUGGUUCCUUUAUCUUGCAACGACCCGCUGGUUCGCAAUCAGAUUGGAUUUCAUUUGUGCACUGUUUAUAACUUCAGUGUCCUUUUGCAGUGUUUUGGCCGCAGGAAGUCUGAAUGGAGGCCUAGUAGGGCUCACUAUGACGUAUUCCAUGGCCAUGAUGGGCAUGUUCCAAUGGGCCGUAAGGCAGAGUGCAGAGACUGAGACGCAGAUGACAUCUGUUGAAAGAAUUAUAGAGUAUACUCAUCUUCAGUCCGAAGCUGAAUUAGAUUCAGGGCCAAAUAGUAAGCCUCCAUCUGAUUGGCCAAAACAUGGUAUCAUCACUGGUGAAAAGGCAUCAUUUAAAUACUCAGAAGAAGCACCUGUUGUUCUUAAAAAUCUCUACUUCUGUGUUAGAGCUCAAGAAAAGGUGGGUAUUGUGGGAAGCACUGGUGCUGGGAAAAGUUCACUGAUCUCAAUGUUGUUUCGUCUUGCUGAGCCCUCUGGGAAACUACUUAUAGAUGGAGUUAGUAUCACUGAAAUAGGUCUUCAUGACCUCAGAGGAGCAAUGGCCAUCAUACCACAGGACCCUGUGUUGUUUAGCGGAACUAUAAAACAUAACCUGGAUCCAUUUAAUGUCCACUCUGAUCCUGAUCUAUGGCAGGCACUUGAAGAGGUUGAACUAAAGAGUGCAGUUGAUGAACUACCAGGUGGCUUAGAUUCUGAGAUCUCUGAGGGAGGGACCAACUUCAGUGUCGGGCAGCGCCAGCUGUUGUGUCUCGCUAGAGCAGUUUUACGAAGAAAUAAGAUUCUUAUUAUUGAUGAGGCAACUGCAAAUGUAGACCCAAGGACUGAUCAACUAAUUCAGCAGACAAUAAGAGAGAAGUUUGUCGACUGUACUGUGCUAACAAUCGCACAUCGACUCAACACUGUCAUGGAUUCUGAACGAAUUAUGGUGCUACAUGAUGGCUGCAUUAAAGAAUUUGACGAACCCCAGGAGCUACUGCAGAAUGAAAAUUCCCUUUUCUCAGAAAUGGUAAAAAGUUCUGGAGCUGAGGCUGGACAUUUGAAGCAAUUAGCAAAGGAAGCGUUUUAUAAACGACACCCUAAUGACUCUAUAGAAGAUAAUCCUGCCUCUAAUAGUAACAUUAAUGAUGUGAACAGUAUUUCAAAUCAUUCUGAUAAACUUCAAAAUAAUCCAUCUGAUGAAGUUGAAAUCAAUGACACUAUAUCAAAGGAUGAUUUAAAUGAUGUAGUAAGUCCAGGGGAUGUCAAUGUUAAUGAAAUCAAGGCAUCAGAAAAUGCAGUAAAAACCUAGAAAAGACUAGGAAUUGAAGUGAUUUAACUCUCAUAUCGGGAACUUAAAUCUGUUGCAUAUGUGUCCAAGACUGAUCAUCAGGAGUUUUAGUAAAUGAAUAGGCCUUAUAGUAUAGAAGAAAAAUGUUUAAUAUUGGC